UACAAAUACAUCUCAUUCACAUAAGUGGAAUAUAUUUUCGAAUUAGAAAUUGAAAUGCUCUUUGAAUUUCACUCUUAUUUGGUCAUCAGUGUUUAUCCUCUUGACACGGAAGAUGGAGUUGCGAAAGUGGCGGAUUUAGUCAACAGCUUGAGUUCUCACAUUGCAUUGGACUGUUGAGGUAAAACCCUACUGAUUAUGUGAUUCAACUCAUUCCGAUCUAUCUUUGUUUGUAUCUGUGGACAUAAAAGCUACACCGACUGGUUUUGUUGUUUGGUUCAGAAUCCUCAUUGAUGUUCCAUCACAACUUGACUCAGGAAAUGUUCCUAGACUUUUACUUAUAUGUAUUCCUUAAAUACCACUGACCUUGUUUUCAAGCAAAGUCUUUGCUUUGUGUUGAGGACUGUAGUGCUUGUCUGUGGCUUUUGCAAGUUACUCAGAAGAUUGUGGCAUCAAGGGUUGUUCCGAUUGAAUUUUUAUUUGAAAAAGGACAGAAUUAGCAAUUUCGUUAUGGAACCAUCAAAAAAUCAUAAUUUUGUGCAAUUCCAUUCCCCAGAACAUGGGGAUGAAGAUCGUGGUCCUCAAUCGCAAGUUUUUAAGAUGGAUCCUUCGGGUCAUGCAAAUGCUAGUUUGAGGUCUCCAGAGAGUACUUUUUCCGAAGCUAAACCUGUUCUUAAUUACUCUAUACAGACUGGUGAGGAGUUUGCUCUUGAAUUUAUGCGUGACCGCGUUAACCCCAGGAAGCCAUUUGUUCCAAAUAUCUCUGGGGAUUCCAGUCAUGCACCUGCUUACUUGGAGCUUAAAGGCCUUUUAGGCCUUAGUCAUACUGGCUCCGAAAGUGGUUCAGAUAUCUCUAUGAUUGGCGCUGCAGAAAAAGAUUCGAGAGAAUUUGAACGAAAGAAUUCGUCUUUACAUGGGGACAAUGUUAACCAUGGUUCUUUCCAAACUAGGCAACUGGUGCCACAUGGUUCAUCAGAUUACAACAGCCGCACACUCACGUAUACCUCAUCUGGAGCAUCUGACAGCUCCAAGCUCAAGGUACUCUGUAGCUUUGGUGGUAGAAUUCUGCCUCGGCCAAGUGAUGGAAAGCUCAGAUAUGUUGGUGGGGAAACACGGAUCAUUCGGAUAAGCAAGGACAUUACAUGGAAGGAAUUGUGGCGUAAAACAACUGCACUUUAUGAUGAAACAUGUACCAUUAAGUAUCAGCUUCCUGGUGAGGAUCUUGAUGCCUUAGUUUCAAUAUCGAGCGAUGAGGAUUUAUUGAACAUGAUGGAGGAGUGCAAUAUUCUGGAAGAUGGAGAUGCAUCAAAAAAACUUCGGAUGUUUCUAUUCUCUCCUGCAGAUUUGGAUGAUGCACAUUUCAGUUUGGCCAACUCCAAUGGUGAUUCAGAAAUGAAAUAUGUAGUUGCUGUCAAUGGCAUGGACAUUGGAUCACGAAAAGGCUCUACUCUAUGUGGUUUAGCAAGCUCUUCUAUAAAUAAUCUAAAUGAGUUGGACACACUGAAUGUUGAUAGGUGCACAACUAAGAUCGCUUCUGAAUAUGUUGCUGUCAGUAACUCGAACUUGGCAGGUUUUGUAGUCCCGCCAACAGCAGUUGAACCUUCUAAUUCAACUGUACCAAGUUCCUCCAAAGUUUAUGAAACGGACUUGCGCUUCAAUCAUGGUUCUGUGCAGCAAGACCAAGAAAGACAACAUCCUCCACAAUUUGGAUAUAAUUUUCACCCUCCAUAUUAUACGCCAUCAGAAAGUGCUGUGCCACAAUCUUUUUAUGGGCCUUCUUCUGAACAGAAAGGUCUUGAAGGGAUGUUGAUACAUAGCUCUGGUGCACUGGGCACAAAAGCACAUGAAAAGGAGGCUAAACUGAACGUUGAUGGCUUAAUUCAAACAGAAAAUGAAGGCGAGCAAAUGUUGGCAAAUGAGCACUAUGUUCCGUCACAGGCACAAAGUGACAACACUAAAAUUAGUUUCCCUGUUGAAGAGUCACCUGUGACGGUUCCCAAACUGGAUAGGGAAUAUUCUUCAAAAGGCAAUGGGAGGCCUGAGGAAGCUGUGCGGGUCUCCAAACCUCUUGAUGAUGUCAUGCAAUCCGAGUUUCCUACAACCAGUGGCAAUGAGUAUUUUACCUCUGGUAAUGUUUCUGUUGCUGAAUCCAUCCACUCAGAGCCUGAUCCUUCUGAUUUGAGCUACUUUGAGUCUUCUAUCCCUCCCCAGAGGGCCUUCCGGUCCGAGUGGAUUCCUCGGGAGCAGGCAGGCCUGCUCAGCAGAAUAUCAAAGUCAGAUGAUUCACGCAGUUCUCAGUUUCUCAUUAAUCAGUCACAUACUGAUACUUCCCAGCAGGAUUUAAUUACAACAGCUGUGGAGAACUUAGAAAAAGGGAGUGGGCAUAUUCCUACAGAUCAGUCAAUUUCUACUGAAAAGGAUUUUCCUGAGGAACCUAAAACCCUUGAUAAUGGGCUUAACAGAACUCAAAAUCUGAAGCAGACAGAGGGCCUUGAAGUUAAUUUGAAGCUCCCUACUGUAAUCCAUGGGGAUUCAGUGAAACAUUCUGAAAAUUCUACAGUUCAUCAGGUUGGCAGGGUUGAUAGCCAAUCUGUUGCUGGUGAUGCCCAUAACCAUCCUCAACCUUCAACAUUGCCAGGGACUCGUGAAGAACCCAGUGUCGGUGUUCCCAGGACUGAGCAGGGAGACAUUCUUAUUGAUAUCAAUGAUCGGUUCCCCCGCGAUCUUCUUUCAGAUAUAUUUUCUAAAGCUGUUCUUUCUGACAGUUCGUCUGAUUUUGGUCCUCUACAAAAAGAUGGAGCUGGUUUGAGUGUGAACAUAGAGAACCAUGAUCCUAAACACUGGUCCUUCUUCCAGAGACUGGCAGGGGAUGAGUUUACAAGGAGGGAUGUAUCUCUUAUUGAUCAAGACCAUGUUAUGUUUUCCUCAGGACUUACAAAAGUUGAAGAGGAGGCUCCUUUAGCAUAUGACUUCGUACCAGUGACGAGGGAUGGAUUUCUUCCAAGUCGCGGGGGGGUGCAAGAGAAAUAUGGCGAGGAUGAUCAGAAAGACAUAUCUGGCAGAGAUGGAGCUGUUGCUACACCUGAUCAUUCCAAUUAUAAUGCACCUCAAGUGAAAGUCAGUGAAAGCAUGCAAUAUGGUGACUUGAUGGAUAAUAUAAGAACUCGAGAAUCAGAAUAUGAGGAUGGAGUUGGAAAUAUUGGCUUACCUCAUCUAGAUCCUUCUUUGAUGGAUUUUGAUAUCAAUUCAUUGCAGAUCAUAAAAGAUGCAGACCUUGAGGAACUGAGGGAGCUUGGUUCUGGCACAUUUGGCACUGUAUAUCAUGGAAAAUGGAGAGGCUCCGAUGUGGCAAUCAAGCGCAUAAAGAAGAGUUGCUUCACUGGUCGUCAAUCAGAGCAAGAGAGACUGACUGUUGAAUUUUGGAGGGAAGCUGAAAUUCUCUCAAAACUUCACCACCCAAAUGUGGUUGCAUUUUAUGGUGUGGUACAAGAUGGACCAGGGGGAACAUUGGCUACUGUGACAGAAUACAUGGUUGAUGGUUCUUUAAGACAUGUUUUACUUCGAAAGGAUAGGCAUCUUGAUCGCCGGAAGAGGCUGAUAAUUGCCAUGGAUGCAGCUUUUGGAAUGGAAUAUUUGCAUUCAAAGAAUAUAGUGCACUUUGAUCUGAAAUGCGACAAUUUGCUCGUGAACUUGAAAGAUCCUUCAAGACCUAUAUGCAAGGUAGGGGAUUUUGGUUUAUCAAAAAUCAAGCGGAACACCUUGGUUUCUGGUGGAGUUCGUGGAACUCUUCCGUGGAUGGCCCCAGAGCUACUUAAUGGAAGUAGCAAUAAAGUUUCUGAGAAGGUUGAUGUCUUUUCAUUUGGUAUUGUCUUGUGGGAGAUUCUUACGGGGGAGGAGCCUUAUGCCAACAUGCAUUAUGGUGCAAUUAUAGGAGGGAUUGUGAACAACACAUUGAGGCCAACCAUUCCAAGCUACUGCGAUGCAGAAUGGAGAAGAUUGAUGGAGCAGUGUUGGGCCCCAAAUCCUGCUGUAAGGCCUUCUUUUACUGAAAUAGCCAGUCGGCUGCGUGUAAUGUCUGCCUCAGCCCAGACAAGGAAGGCGAGUUCGUAGGUAAUAAGCUAAUGGUUUUGAUGUCAUCUUUACUAAUGAAGCAUAUAGAUUUGUUCAUUCAAUUGCUCAAACUGGGGAUAAUUUGUCCUACUUCCUGAACCGGUGGACAAAUGGCUUGAAAAUCAGCCUAUAUAUAAUGUAAUUAAUAUAUAUCUAUAAAUCUGUAUAUGAAGGGAGAUGUCUCGGUUUUAAGUUCAA